UUGUCAUUUAGAGUCCUUAUUACUCCUUUUUCCAUGUCAGUCAUAUACUUCUUUCCACUGAAUAAUUGAUUUCCAUCCUUAGGGCUCAGUUCAUGAUUGUGAUCUAAAUCAAGUCUAACAACCUUCCAGAUUCCAUUAAUUUCCUUCACUACCAUCACACAUCUGCAGUCUGUUUUAACCUGUACAUUUGUUCUUCUCUUUGUCUUGUCUUCAUUAUUCCCCUCCACAAGCAAUGUUUCUUCUGUCUGGUAUUCUUUCACUUUCUUUUCUUGCUUCCCAUAUCUGUGGCAUUUCAUUUCUUGUUUAUAUAUCUCCUUGUUCCUGUUCUUUGCAGCUGUUCUCGUCACAUGUGCUACCACGACUUCAAAUCCAGCCAGGAAUCCGUAGAAUGAGAAAAAAUGAAUCAGGUUCCCCUGUGUUCCAUCCUCAAUCUGAAUUCCAUCUUGUUCUGUAUCAUGACUUGUACUCAAUGUCUCUGGCCUUCUUGUACUUCCUUCUUCAACCUAUCAUCAAUUAUUUGUUUUUGCCAUAUUCAAGCAUGAUUCUUCUGGUACCAGGUUUCAAGUUUAUGAUUUCUGUUUGUUGGUCUAAUUGAGAAGAGACACGAUAGGAUCUGUGAAGUAAAGAAAGUUUACAAGUAAGUAAUAAGCUUACCUCUAGAUCUUCCAUCUCCUCUUUUACUUAUCUCAGUUGUCUUCCCUGAAUCCCCCUUUGUCCUCAGGUUUUGCUUUUGCCC